AUGGCCUCGCACGACUCCCCCUCAGAUGAUGCGACCAACGCUCAGAACGAGAAGAUCAAGUUUAGAUUCUGUCGCGAAUGCUCCAACAUGCUCUACCCGCGCGAGGACAAAGAGACGGAUCAGCUCAUCUUCCAGUGCCGCAACUGCCAGUGGCCCACCGCUGUCGGUCCAACCUGUAUCUAUCGCAACGAGGUCAUGGGUAACCUGAUCGAAACCGCUGGUGUCGUUACAGAUGUCGCUUCAGACCCAACAAGAGACUGCAACAACCCACGAUGCGGAGGCAGAGAAGCAGUCUUCUUCCAGAGUCAGAUGCGUAACGCCGAGACAGGCAUGAAGCUCUUCUACGUCUGCUGCGAGUGCGGCAAGACCACCACUUAA